UAUAAACAUAGAAACCAAAAAAUUAAAAAAGUAGAGAAGAAACAGAGAAAGUGUUUCUCUGUGAAGUAAGUGAAGUGAGAAAGAGAGAAAUCAAUCAAUCAAUCAAUCAAUCAAUCAAUCAAAGCUCUCAUCAGAUCUAACAAUGGCGGCAGCAGCAGUUGCAAAUGGCGAUAUUUUCGCCGCAAAAUCUUCUCCUACCGUUGGAAGAUUCUCGACGGUUUACAGUGAACUUCAAAGAAGUCGCAUCGAUCAUUCCCUUCCUCUUCCUCGCGUUCUCAACGGUAACUUUACCGUUGUUGACGGUCCUAAAAGUUCCGCCGCCGGAAAUCCUGAUGAGAUUGCAAAACUUUUUCCUAGCUUGUAUGGGCAACCAUCAUCAGUAAUGGUACCGAGCGACUCUGAGGGACUGUCAUCGAGUCAGAAGCUCAAAAUUGGUGUCGUCUUAUCAGGAGGGCAAGCACCAGGAGGCCACAAUGUCAUUUGUGGGAUCUUUGAUUACUUGCAAGCUCGUGCCAAGGGUAGCGUCGUGUAUGGAUUCAGGGGUGGGCCUGCUGGGAUCAUGAAGGGCAAAUAUGUAGAGCUCACAUGGGACUUUGUCCAUCCUUACAGAAAUCAGGGUGGAUUUGACAUGAUUUGUAGUGGUAGAGACAAGAUUGAAACUCCAGAACAGUUUAAACAAGCAGAAGAGACAGCAAUGAAACUAGAUUUGGAUGGCCUUGUUGUUAUCGGUGGAGAUGACUCUAAUACUAAUGCUUGUCUUCUUGCUGAGAACUUCAGGGGUAAAAAUAUGAAGACUCGUGUCAUUGGCUGCCCAAAGACCAUUGAUGGUGAUCUGAAGUGCAAAGAAGUCCCAACAAGUUUUGGGUUUGAUACUGCUUGCAAGAUAUAUGCUGAAAUGAUUGGAAAUGUUAUGAUUGAUGCUCGUUCAACUGGGAAGUACUAUCACUUCGUUCGGCUCAUGGGUCGUGCUGCCUCACACAUCACCUUGGAAUGUGCUCUGCAGACUCAUCCAAACAUCAGUCUUAUCGGAGAAGAGGUCUAUGCCAAGAAACAGACCUUGAAAAAUGUGACAGAUUACAUGGUUGAUAUUAUCUGCAAACGAGCUGAACUUGGCUACAAUUAUGGUGUAAUACUGAUACCAGAAGGCUUGAUUGAUUUUAUCCCUGAGGUUCAGAAGCUCAUUGCUGAGCUAAAUGAGAUAUUGGCCCAUGAGGCUGUUGAUGAAGCUGGUCUGUGGAAGAAGAAACUGACAUCUCAGUCUUUGGUGCUGUUUGAUUUUCUACCACAAGCCAUUCAGGAACAACUGAUGCUUGAGAGAGAUCCACAUGGAAAUGUCCAAGUUGCCAAGAUUGAGACAGAAAAAAUGCUUAUCCAGAUGGUUGAGACUGAGCUGAAGAAAAGGAAGGAACAAGGUGUAUACAAGCAGCACUUUAGCGGGCAAUCUCACUUUUUCGGAUAUGAGGGGAGGUGUGGUUUGCCCACUAAUUUUGAUUCUUCAUAUUGUUAUGCAUUGGGAUACGCUGCUGGAGCUCUACUUCAUGCUGGGAAGACUGGACUGAUAUCAUCGGUAGGAAAUCUCACUGCACCUGUUGAUGAAUGGACUGUUGGUGGAACACCAUUGACUGCUCUAAUGGAUGUGGAAAGAAGACAUGGAAAGUUCAAGCCAGUGAUUAAGAAGGCCAUGGUGGAACUGGAUGGUGCACCAUUUAAGAAGUUCGCAUCCAUGAGAGAUGACUGGGCCAUCAAUAAUCGGUACAUUAGCCCUGGUCCCAUUCAAUUCGUUGGCCCUACAUCAGAUGCUGUCAAUCAUACCCUGUUACUCGAGAUCGGGGCUCAAGUCUAAGACUAUAAGAGUUUUUCCAUGUUAGUCUUUUAGGAUAUUUCGCCCAAGUGAAGGUAUUUCUAGGUUGGAUAAUUAUAUAUUCCCUGAUGCACAUGUUGCAUGUUUACUAAAAUGGGAUUCAGAGCUGUGGCUUGUGCAACCUUUUCAAUGUGAUAUGUGGUCGUGGGUAGGCUUCUGGAAGAUAUAAAUUCCGAUUUAGGUUCCUUCACAUUUGUGACUAGGAUUUGUAUGAUCAGUUGUGCUUCGCCCUCUAAUGGAUCAUUUUUCUGUGCGUAGCAUGAUUUGGUUUGCAACUUUUAUUUUCUUAUUAUAAAUCGGGAGAUGUUUUGCUUCUAGAAAUACUGGUUUACGUCGUAUAUUCUGGGGGUAUGUUUGAGAAGAUAUUAAUAAAAAAAAAUCUAGAUGAUUUAUAUA